AUGUCGGAUCCUUCCCUGGAAUUUGGAUGGAGCGCUGGACGAUGGGCUCGUAGACCAGCGGCGCCUCAUCUUGUGAGCGAGCGAGAGAGAGAGAGGAAGAAAGACAGCCGAAGAGGGCGCGCCGCAGGGCAGCGUCCGUCGCCGGGGCGGCUUCAGCCGCACGCACAGCGCAGCCACACCAUACCACAGCACUCCACACCACACUACGCCACGCCACACCCCCGUCCGAACGUCAGCGCGCUCGCUCCUCCGCCGGAGGGAGCAGCACUGAGAGGAAGAGAGGAGGAGGAAGCAGCAGCCAUGCCGGGUAGCAGCAGCACCACGGGCGUGGGCAGCCGCCGCCACUCGCACACGCCCGACGCGAGCGCCGUGGCGCUGGGCGCCACACGCGACCGCCGCCACAGCACGUCGUCUUCGUCUGACGCCUCGGGCUCGUUGCCCGACGCCGGCCCCGCCGCGCGCCAGGUCCGUCCUGGCGGUGAUCGUUAUCGUCGUGCAGAGAAAGUGGAAUUACUGGGAAAAGCUAAAUUCAUUUCUCGCGCCGCGAGUCGACAGCGUUUGCACGCCGUUUCACCCCAGGCGUUGCGUACUGCGGCUGUUAUUUGCGAUCAGGGUGAGAUCAGAGGAUUGCCACACCGCGGGUCAAAGAAAAGUGAACGUCUUGCAUCUCCUGUGAUUGCUUUUGUGGGCGUAGUACGAAUUGCCCAACACUGA